GCGCAUGGUGUGAAAGCAACAGUGUUUGAGCGAGAGAACAACACUCAGACUCAGGGGGCCAGGAUGUCUCGAUGAAGAAAAUUGAUCAUAUUCAGAGAAAACGUUGACAACGCCUGACCCCGACUGCUGUGAUUCUUGCAGAUAUUAUACUUGUAGAUGGUGCCGAGCCCAUGAACCUGGCUAGUCAGAGCGGAGAGGCCGGCUGCAGCCAGCUCCUCUUCGCCAACUUCAAUCAGGACAACACGUCCUUAGCUGUUGGCACCAAAUCAGGCUACAAGUUCUUCUCUCUGUCUUCUGUCGAUAAGUUAGACCAGAUUUAUGAAUGUACUGACACUGAAGAUGUAUGCAUUGUGGAAAGGCUGUUCUCAAGCAGCCUCGUUGCUAUUGUUAGCCUUAAAGCGCCCAGGAAGCUGAAAGUGUGUCAUUUCAAAAAAGGGACAGAGAUCUGUAACUACAGCUACUCCAACACUAUUCUGGCCGUGAAACUCAACAGACAGAGGUUGAUAGUAUGUCUGGAAGAAUCACUUUAUAUUCACAAUAUCAGAGAUAUGAAAGUACUGCACACCAUUCGAGAGACUCCUCCAAACCCUUCAGGAUUGUGUGCGUUGUCAAUUAGCAACGACAAUUGCUAUUUGGCAUAUCCAGGAAGUGCAACAAUAGGAGAGGUACAAGUUUUCGACACAAUAAAUCUGCGUGCUGCUAACAUGAUCCCUGCACACGAUAGCCCCUUGGCAGCACUGGCAUUUGACGCAAGUGGCAUUAAACUCGCCACGGCCUCAGAGAAGGGGACUGUGAUCCGAGUGUUCUCCAUUCCAGAGGGGCAGAAGCUCUUUGAGUUCAGGAGGGGAGUAAAGAGAUGUGUCAGCAUCUGUUCCCUUGCCUUCAGUAUGGAAGGACUGUUUCUGUCCGCCUCCAGUAACACUGAAACUGUUCACAUCUUUAAGCUGGAGACGCAGAAAGAAAAGCCACAGGAAGAGCCCACAACCUGGACGGGGUACUUCGGGAAAGUGCUGAUGGCUUCUACCACUUACUUGCCAGCCCAGGUGACAGAGAUGUUCAAUCAGGGCAGGGCCUUCGCCACCGUCAGACUGCCCUUUUCAGGACACAAGAACAUCUGUGCGCUGGCCACAAUUCAGAAGAUCCCUCGCUUGCUGGUGGCGGCAGCAGAUGGCUACCUGUACAUGUAUAACCUGGACCCACAGGAAGGGGGAGAGUGCACACUAAUGAAACAGCACAAAUUGGAUGGCAGUGUGGAGUCAGCCAAUGAGAUCCUUGAACCAACACCCCAUGACCGUCCACUUGUGGCACAGACUUACGGCGCCACUGUGGCCAAAGGUUACUCGGAAGAUCAGGGGGCGGUUGGAGGUGCCGGCAUGGAAGACGACAUGAGCUCCCUGCGUCUGGAUGAGGAGAACGAGCAGCCUCCCAUGAUCCUGGAGACAGACUGAGGGACAGCUGUUCCUCCCAAGGGCAGGAGAUGGACAACUACGUCACGUGGCGGGGGGGGUGGGGGGAUGGUGGUGCGGAGCUACUAUGAACCUGUAACUAAGUGGAAGAGAGAAUGAGAAGUUUUAAAGCGAGUCCAAACUGUAGCCUAAUUCUCUCUCCCCCCCCCUUUUUUUUUUUGGAGAGAGAGAAUUAGAGAAAAAAGAGGAGGAGUUUUUUUUCCCCAGUGGCUUUUAAAUCUGGUGAAAUCUCUGUUCAGAUGUACCCUUCCCAGUUCUUUAAAAAGAAAAUCGACGCUGCUCGCAGCUUAGCUUUGCAUGUACAUGUGCCAAGUGUAGGAUCGCUCGUAAUAAUUUGCAUUCAUGUCGAUGGUUCUGAAGCGCCCGGUGGGCUUUUGUCUCAUAAGUGUUGUCUGGAGCUUCGUGACGUGUAUAUUUAACAAGACAGCAAAGGCUCCUCUGUGCCUGUAUCACCAUAAUAAGUGUGAUCCCAUUAUUUCAGAGUAAGCCAUGCAGAUGGUUAGUAAGAUCUGACUUCAUGAGUGCAGAAGAAUGUCUAUCAUGAGUGGUACAGAGAGUAGAUAUCAGCUGCUGCCAGGGCUCGAGGGACUGAGUCAAACCCCCCCCCCCCACCCCCCAGACCCUUUUUGAGGAGAAUGUCACUCAGUGUCCACUUCUCAUCUUACGUUUUAUUUGGAGGAACACUUGCUUUAGACAUGCACUUAUCCUUAUCAUUUUCAUUUUCAUUUCUUGUUCUUUUUAGGCCUGUUAAUAUUGCGGUUUUCUCAUCCAGGUUGUAAAUAACUCUGUCUUCAGUCUGCCUGGAAUUACAAGCAAUUUUAAAUAAAACUUUUGAAAACAGGACAACAGCAACCAAACACUCAAGCAGAAGCAAUUUUCUUUUGUCCUAUUUUGGUUUUACUUUGUAAACUGAAAGGAAGUUGAUUGGUUACAUAGGCAUGUGUCUCUGAAAUGGAGACAGCCAUUGAUAGGAGGUUGCAACCUUUUUGGGUUUUUUUGUUUGUUUUUUACAUAAAUAAAUUAAUUGUGUUCCCGCCCUGUCUUUUUUUCUGAAGCACUUUGCACUGAGUAUAUGCAAAAUGUGAAUAUACGGUGAAUGAUGUUUGAUUUCGGUAAUAAUCUCACCUUCACCAACAUAGUGAAUGAUGUACCCUUCUCAACUUUCCAAUUAUACAUUUACUUCUAAUUCUCAUGCCUCUUUGCUGUAUAGAGCUUACCAUUCAAUGCCACAUCUUUAGCCUUAUUUUUCUGUCAAGGAGGUUACUGUGUUCUGUCUACACACAAAUACAUUAGUCUGAUUUCUCAGAGAAAAAAAAAACAGCAUCCGGACAGUGGUCUAGUUGUCCUUACCAUUACCAUAUAUGGGAAAAUGGGUAAAUUCCAGUCCUGGCCAGUACAGCUGGUGUAGAGUGGUGUUUUCAAGGGAUGGUUAGCUAGGAACAGGACAUGUUUCCAUGGAAAUCCCAGUAGGUUGUCAGCUGUUAAAUAAACAUCGCUGAAUCAGAGUCUCAACAGAAUGUGCUGGAGUAGGCCAAACCUGCUGCCUCAGUCUCUGGCUUCCUGCACCCAAAAAGUGUGAUUCAGAGUGAGCUUUCUGAACUUUUGGGGCGCUGGGGUUUUUUCUUCUUCAAACUGACCACCUCAUGAGAUUGACUUGAAUUCUGAUCCCAACCUGACAUCUCUGGAUAGUUAUCUGCUUCGAGUCUUUGUGGGAGAAAUAUGGAGUUGUGGUAAGAAAUGAUAAAGUAAAACUACUUACUUUACUUUUGUGAAUUUGUGCCCCUGUUUUUGUGAACAAAAACAUUAUACUUGGUCAUGUCCCAGUGCUGACAAUGUCCUGUCCAGAGUGCAUGCAUUUAAGGCAGAGCUAGGUGGCCAAUAUUGUUCUGUUGAGAAGGUACCAUAUGUAAGAGCAUUCUUAAUGAUUCCUGCAUUUAACAGGACUGAGAAAUAUUUGUGCAGGGGAGGUACAUUUGUGUUACAUUUAUUAUGUUUCCUACCUUAUUUAUAAGCUACAACUCUCUUGAGUGGGGUGGAACCUCUUGACAAAGUUGUCUUUCCUCCAGAUUUGGUCAAAUGCAAUUCAGUUCAAAUUGCAGUGCACUUUGUGCUUAGGAUUUGAGUAACAAAGCUGGUGUUAUGCCUUCCUUUUUUCCUGUUUCAUUAAUCAUCCCUCAUUUCAGUGACGAUGGACCUGAAUGUUGUGUAAGAAACAAAAGCAAUCCUUGCUUAGAUAUCUUACUCAGAUUUAAGGACAAAGCACACUCUGGUUAACUGUCAUAGAGCCCGAAAUCUAUUGAAUCAUUGUAAUCAAAAGACAUUUCAAGGAGAUACAAGCAGCAGAAUGUGUGCCAUUAUAUUUUGUGUACUUCGUGAUGCAUGUAGUUCCCUUGAAUAUGUGCUGAAGUUGUGUAGAACAAAACUCAGUUCAUAUUUUAUGAGGUGAUUCACUCUUUCUUUCUGAGCAGUCUUAUCUAUCUGGGCUAUCUAAUGCUAAG